AUGGUCAACAGACCUGAUGUUCCAAGGAUGGAGGACCUAAUACCAAUCUUACUGAAGUAUGUCAAAAGCCGUCAAAAACCGGGAGGCUGUGUGUUGUUUGUUGCUCACAAUGCUCGUACUUUUGAUGUACCCUUUCUUUGUAAUGCGUUCCGGCGUUGUGGUGUAGAUAUUCCUUCGGAUUGGCUAUUUAAGGAUACCCUUCCUAUGGGACGUGAAGCAAUGAAGUCUGAAGGAUCAAAGCCUUCUUCAAGAAGCAUAUCAUUGCAAGCCCUUCGUGAGCACCUUGGGAUUCCAUUGGAUGGUUCAGCUCACAGAGCCAUGUCAGACGUGAAGGUGCUGGCAGCAGUUUUUCAAAGGUUGACUUAUAUGCUGAAACUCCCGCUUGCUAGUCUUGUUGAAGAUGCUUUCACAGCCUCAGAAAUUGGCACUCCAAAGAAGAAGAGUUCCAGAUAG